AAUGAUGCAAAUGAAUUAUUUUUGGAACAACCAACAUAUAUUCGAAAGAAUGAUUGUUCAUCUAUACCAGAUUGUAGUAUUUACAAGUUAACACGUGAGUGCAUUCAUUAUUGGUGCCGAAAUUCGCGCGCCAAG